AUGGAGGUGGAGAUGGAGCCGAGAGUAAAGCCAUUGGCCUACAAAGUGAAGGCCAUGUCAAGGGAAUCCACUGCCCAGAAGGCCACUCAUGUACUCGACACUGACCUCCGCAACCACUGGUCAACUGGCACCAACACAAAGGAAUGGAUCUUACUCGAACUCGAUGAACCAUGCCUGCUUUCACACAUAAGGAUAUAUAACAAGUCUGUGUUGGAGUGGGAAAUUUCAGUGGGCUUGCGUUACAAGCCAGAGACGUUUGUAAAAGUUCGUCCUCGCUGUGAAGCACCUCGACGUGACAUGAUAUACCCAAUGAAUUACUCUCCUUGCCGCUAUGUUCGAAUAUCUUGUAUGCGCGGAAACCCAAUAGCUAUUUUUUUCGUUCAGCUGAUUGGGGUUCCUGUUACUGGUCUAGAGCCAGAGUUUCAAUCAGUUGCUAGCUACUUGAUACCGCACAUUAUAUCACAUAAACAGGAUGCUCGUGAUAUGCAUCUUCAGUUGCUUCAAGACGUGACAAGUCGGUUAGUCAAGUUUCUUCCAUACAUUGAGACAGAUCUUAAUAACUUUCCAGAAGAUCCAGAAUCCACUAUGCGUUUUCUUGCUAUGGUUGCUGGUCCCUUUUAUCCUAUACUUCACAUUGUAAAUGAAAGAGAAAAUGAGAGGUUAGCUGCAAAUAUUUCUGACUAUGAAGCUUCUAAGACCAAUCCUCUAUCAACAGCUUUGACUGUUUCCUCCAAUUUUGAGCCAAGAAGAUCACGCAACACGUCAUCUAUGUUCUUAGCCAAAUCUAGUCACUUGGUCUUCCGUCCGGAGGCCGUCUUCACAUUGCUUCGAAAGGCUUACAAAGAUUCAAGCCUUGGAAACUUGUGCAGGCUGGCAUCAAGAAUUUUGCUGAAACUCAUUGAGCCGAUGACAAUGCAAGAAGCAUCUGAUCCAGCUUCUGAAAUUUCAUCUUCUGUUGCCGAGGAGGCAAUGCCGUCUGAGACUUGUGGUCAUGUUUCCUUAAAUGACUACUCGAACUUGUUUGGGGAGGAAUUUCAAAUGCUGGAUGAUCAUUGGGAUACUAUAUACCUCAGUGUCUUAGAUUCUGGGGCAGUGGAAGAAGGAAUUUUGCAUGUUCUUUAUGCUUGUGCAUCUCAGCCUUUGCUCUGCGGCAAGCUGGCAGAUAGAACUUCUGACUUUUGGUCGGCAUUACCACUAAUACAAGCAUUGCUGCCAGCACUGCGUCCUACUAUCAGUAGUCCUUACCAAAUCGAUGACAAUUUCUCUCCGUGGAAACAACAGUUUGUACAAAAUGCCCUGAGUCAGAUUGUGGCAACUUCAUCUUCAUCGAUCUACCAUCCUCUGCUUCGUGCUUGUGCUGGCUAUUUAUCUUCUUUUUCACCAUCUCAUGCUAAGGCGGCAUGUGUCCUUAUUGAUCUAUGCUCUGGCGUUUUAGCACCAUGGAUGGCUCAAGUAAUUGCCAAGGUGGACUUAACUCUGGAGCUCUUGGAGGACCUUUUAGGUGACAUCCAGGGUGUUCGUCAUUCAUUUUCUCGUGCACGUGCAGCGCUCAAAUAUAUUGUCUUGGCACUAUCUGGGAACAUGGAUGAUAUUAUGGCAAAAUAUAAGGAUGCUAAGCACCGGAUUCUUUUUCUGAUGGAGAUGCUAGAACCUUUUCUAGAUCCUGCCUUAACCCCCCUAAAGGCCAUAAGGAAAUCUGCAGUUCUUCCGUCAUUGGAAGCUGAAUGGAGGCGUGGAUCAGUUGCUCCUAGUGUACUUCUUUCAAUUUUGGAACCUCAGAUGCAAUUACCUCCUGAUAUUGAUCAUUGCAAGUUUUCUGGUCCUGAGACUCUGGAGCAACAAUCAUUUGCUGUUCUGCCUCCUGCCUCUCGUAAUGGACUGGCCUCUUCUAGAUCAAAUAGCCAAGAUGAUGCUGAUGGGAAAGUUGAUGUUGCUGAUAUUAAUGGUAAAAUGGAUAUUCCUGAGGAUGUGAGUCUUCUCUUUGCUCCACCAGAACUCAAUAGAAUGUCUCUUACACAUGUUCGUGGAAGCCUGGACAUGAAGAGAUCAGAAUCAAGCUGCUUCAGUGCCAGUCCAGAAGUGAACCAUGUCGUUCAGAAAGAUUUAUGCAAGAAAAUUCCAAAUGACGUCGCAUUAGAUGCUGCUCAGGGAUUAUUUUCUAAUUUACUGGGUGAUUAUUCACAACUUCUGAAUUAUCGGGAUUGUGAGCUGAGGGCUUCUGAGUUUAGGCGUCUAGCUCUCGAUUUGCACUCCCAAAAUGAGAUCACUGUGGAGAGUCAUGAUGCGGCUAUAGAUGCACUGCUUUUGGCAGCAGAGUGUUAUAUUAAUCCAUGCUUUAUAAUGUCUUUUAAGAACCUCUCUUUAGAUGUGAAAAAAAAUCGCACUAAAAGGACCAAUGAGGAUCACGAACUUGCUGAUAACAGGUGGAUUUUAAAACAAAAUGAUGACGACUUGAAAAUGGUAGCUGAUAUUGAAAGGAAAAGGGAUAGAACAGUUCUUGAAAUCCUGAUUGAGGCAUCUGAGUUAGACAGGAAAUAUCACACAGGGGCAAUGGAAGGGCUCUCUGCAUCACAUGUUGAAGGGAGUGAAGAGAUUAUAAAUUUAUGUCAGCAGGACAUUCUUUCUGCAGAUGCCAUUACCUUGCUCCGGCAGAAUCAAGCACUUUUGUGCAAUUUCUUGGUUCAGCGUUUGCAGGGGAAUUUCCAUGGGGAGCAACAUUCCAUGCAUGAGAUUCUGAUGCAGUGUCUUCUGUUUUUGUUGCAUUCAGCAACUAAAUUAUUCUGUCCACCUGACCAUGUAGUUGAUAUAAUAUUGAAGUCUGCUGAAUCCUUCAAUAGGCUGCUGAAAAUGUUUUAUUGCCAAUUCAAGGAAGGUGAUGCACAGUUGAGCCAGUGUAAGCUGCAUGAGGUGCAACGUUUCUGGAUUCUUCUUAAUAGAUUAGUAAUUGCUUCAAGCGGUUGUGAUGAGGGAUCUGACCCUUCAAUUAAUGCUAGAAAUGGUUUUAGGUUUGCAAAUUUAAUUCCUCCUUCAGCCUGGCUGCAGAAAAUACCUGCCAUUUCUUCGUCUGCUUUUCCUCUUGUAAGGUUUUUCUGUUGGAUGGCAGUUUCUCGUAAUGCUAAACAAUAUCUGAAGGACCGACUCUUCCUUGUUUCAGAUUUGUCGCAAUUGACCUAUCUUCUAUCAAUAUUUUCAGAUGAGCUCUCUCUAGUUGAUAACAUCAUUGAGCAAAAAGAUAUUAACAAAAGAAUUGAAGAAUUUUCUGUCAAGCAGGAUAUUAACGUUGGGAGUGAAGGCAAAUUUCUUGGCCACCAUGAUAGACAACAAUCUUUUCACGCUUUAUAUCCUGAUGUUAGUAAAUUCUUUCCCAAUUUAAAGAAAGAAUUUGAAGGUUUUGGUGAAACCAUAUUGGAGGCUGUUGGUUUACAGUUGAAGUCUCUUUCUCCAGCUACUGUUCCAGAAAUGAUGUGUUGGUUUUCUGAUUUAUGUUCAUGGCCAUUUGUUCAAAAUGAGAAGCCCCAAUUCUUAUCCCAAAAAAAAUCUGAUUAUUUCAAAGGUUUUGUUGCUAAGAAUGCCAAAGCUAUAGUUUUAUACAUGCUUGAAGCCAUUGUAGCUGAGCAUAUGGAAGCAAUGCUACCAGAAAUACCCAGAGUUGUGCAGGUUCUUGGGUCUCUAUGCAGGACAUCAUACUGUGAUGUGUCAUUUCUUGACUCCAUAUUAAGUUUGUUAAAGCCGAUCAUCUCAUAUUCCUUAAGAAAGGUGGCUGAUGGGGAAAGUUUGUCUAUUCAUGAUUCAUGCCUUAAUUUUGAAUCUCUAUGCUUCGGUGAGCUAUUUGAUAAUAUUAGAUACGUUGAUGAGAAUCAAAGGACUUCGACAGAGAAAGGAAGCUGCCGGGCACUUACAAUUUUUAUUUUAGCUUCCAUUUUUCGUGAUUUAUCAUUUCAUCGAAAAUUAGAAGUAUUGCAGUCCACCAUGUUAUGGGCUGAUUUCGCUUCCUAUGAGCGGACAAGUUCUUUACAUGAUUAUAUUUGUGCAUAUCAGGUUCUCAUGGAAAACUGUAAAGAUCUACUUAUUGGUACUUUGAGAGUCUGUGGUGUCAUUCCGCUUAAAAUGUCCAUAUGUUCUGAUGCUAGUUCUGGUACUGUUGAUGAUUUCUCUAAGACAUCCUCUGGAUUUCUGAGUGAUAUAUGCAACACUUUGGCUUCUACUGAGGUAUCAGAGAUGCAUCGAGGCAACACUGAUGCAGCUACUGAUGCCAGUCAAAACAUUCAAUUGACUUUGGAGGAAAUAAAUAGUUUUUCUAAAGAUUUAGAGGCCCUCAUUUCAAAACUCAAUCCAACUAUCGAUCAAUGCUGGAAAAUACAUCAUAAAUUGGCGAAGAAGUUGAUACUCACAUCUGCUGAGUGUUUUUUUUACUUAAGAUGCUUGUGUUUUGUUGCAGAGGAAGUUUCUGCUUCUUCAGAGGUUGAGAAGCUUCUACAAAGCAAUAUUUUUUAUGAGUUCCCAGAUCUUUGGAGAACCAGUCUUAAAGGACUUUCUGAAAUGAUCCUUGUGCUACAGAAGAACCACUGUUGGGAGGUUGCAUCUGCAAUGCUUGACUCACUUCUUGGACUGCCUCGGUGGUUGCGUUUGGAUAAUGUGGUUGGUGACAUAUGUACUGCAAUUAAGAACUUCUCUAACAGUGCACCAAAGAUUGCUUGGAGGCUGCAGGCAGAUAAGUUGUUAUCACUGUUAUUAGCAAGAGGCAUCCAUAAUCUUAAUGAAAGUGAAGUUCCUCUGAUUGAUUUAUUCUCUGGCAUGAUUGGCCAUCCUGAGCCUGAACAACGAUAUAUUGCACUAAAGCACUUGGGAAGACUUGCUGGCCAAGAUGUGGAGAGUGGACGAGUGUUGUCUUCGACAACUGAUAAAGUAAUAGCUUCAUCAGACUUACUUAGUUCUGCUUCUGAGCCAAUUUUAUCUGCUUUAGUUUCGGCUACCUGGGAUCAGAUUGCUUUGAUGGCAUCAUCUGAUGCAUCGAUGCGCUUGAAAACCCAUGCAACAGCUCUUCUUAUAGCAUAUAUACCAUUUACUGAGAGGCAAAAAUUACAGUCCUUUCUUGCAGCAGUUGACAGUAUUCUUCAAUGUUUAACGACUCUUGCAGAACUGCCAUGUGAUGGCCCAUUAACGCAGUUCUCUUUGGCGCUCAUUGCCAGUGUUUGCCUUUAUUCACCAGUUGAAGAUCUCUCUCUCAUUCCUGAAAGUAUUUGGAGAAAUAUUGAAACUUUUGGGUUGUCUGGAAAUGGUAGGUAUUGCACUGGCAUCGAGAAAAAGGCUUGCGAGGCUUUAUGUAGACUUAAAACUGACGGAGAUGAGGCUAAACAGAUACUGAAGGAAGUACUCUCUUCAAGUGUUUCAAAACAGCAAGAUCCAGAUUUCGUAGCGACACGUGAAUCAAUUCUUCAGGUUAUUGCCAAUUUAACCUCUACCCAAUCAUAUUUGGAAUUUUUUGCUAAGGAAGUUGACCAAAAGGACAUGGAAUUAGAAGAAGCAGAAAUGGAAAUGGAACUUCUUCAGAAAGAAUGCCCGCAACCCGAUACAUCUUCUGAUUUCCAAGAUUGGCGUCAGUUACCAUUUUUAUCCACUUAUGCUGAGUAUGAGAACCGCGUGCAGCAAAUCAAGGAUGGAAUCACACACCUGGAAAAGGAGAAACUUAAAAAAGAAAUAGUAGCUCGCAGGCAACAGAAGCUACUUGUUAGGCGUGUUCGCCAACAAUUUUUAGAAGAGGCAGCUGUAAGAGAAGCAGAACUACUUCAAAAGCUUGAUAGCGAGAGGACGAAUGAAGUAGAAAGUGAGCUUGAGAGACAGCGGUUGCUGGAACUUGAGCGUGCAAAAACCAGAGAGUUGCGGCACAAUCUUGAUAUGGAGAAAGAGAAGCAAACUCAGAGAGAACUCCAGCGAGAACUUGAGCAAAGAGAACUUGUCGCUCUUGAACUCGUUCAUCUCACUGGGAUGCGACCAUCAAGGAGAGAAUUUUCAUCCUCCACUCAUAGUAGACUACGAGAUAGGUACCGCGAAAGGGAAAAUGGAAGAGCAGGUAAUGAAGGCAGCUUGAGAGCAACUACUGGCAACUUGCAGCCUGAUACUGUUCCCACAAGUUCAGCCAUGGGAAGCAUGCCAACAGUUGUUUUAUCUGGAAAUAGGCAGUUUUCGGGUCAACUUCCCACUAUUCUACAAUCCCGUGACAGAUCAGAUGAAUGUGGCAGCAAUUAUGAUGAAACUUUUGAUGUAAGCAAGGACCCAGGUGACACCGGUAGCAUCGGGGAUCCAGACAUAUCCGGUCUUGAGGGUCAGUCUAUUGGAUUUGGAUCUGCCCAAAGGCAAGGCUCUAGGGGCGGCAAGACGAGGCAGGUAAUUGAGCGUAGAGAACGUGGUGACGGUAGACGCGAAGGGAAAUGGGAGCGCAAACACUAG